AAGAUAUUUAAAAGCCCAUUCGUUCUGUACGUGAGGAAGAAAAAAAAAAAAAAAAACGCGUGCAAGACAGCAAGCAGAUCCAAACACAACUGCUGCUAAGUAAGACAAGAAUAACGCAACGAGUCUAAGGGAGAGCCGUGCCGGUCCGUGCAGUAGGAGGCGAGGGCUGUCAGUCAGUGUGCGAGUGCAUUGGAGAAAUUGUUUUAAAAAAAAAAAAAAAAAAGAAAAGAAAACUCGUUUGUAUAGCUUGGCUUGCUGUUUUGAGAAGUUCCAGACCAAAAGAAACAAAAACGCACCCAAGCGCAUUCCGGAAUAACUGGAUACCCUAUCGAUCGAGCUGCUCUGACCCUACAUCGGUCCCAGCGCCAUGGGAGGGAAAGGGUUGCACUGCUUUCCCUGGUACAGCCGCUGGAAGGAGAGAAGCAAGGAGGCUGGUCAGAAAAAGAUGUGCGAACAGGCCGCAGGAAAAACUAGGCUGCCGUUGACGCAGUCUGUCAGCAGCGAGGGCGACUCACAGAGCCAGCGGGCCUACUUCAGCAGGAAGGCUCACCUAUCCUUCCGCCACGAGAUGGACUCCCCAGUGGCGAUCAUCGACUCCACCAACUGAGGACCCCCCCCCCCAAAUACCCAAAGCCUUAAACGGAACAGCGUGUGCUCCCAUUCCCGGAGAGGGAGAUCCCGUCACAACAGACUGCAGUCCCUCCUCAUCCUCUCACAUCAGCGGGCUCUGCUUGUCCUAGUUUGGUUUAUUUAGCUCUGCCACGCUUCCUGGCUGUGCUGUAUUUCUGUUACAUGCUAUUAUUGUUAAUUUUUUUUUUCCCCUGGGGGGGGGAGGCUAACACAUAAAAUCAAAAAAAUAUAUGAUAUCCAUGAUGGGAUAUAUUUGCUAGCGCUGCACUGACUGAUUAUUAUCUGAUUGUUUGGCUCCAGCGCCCUCUGGAGGCGAGGGUCGCUGGUGUCGAUCAGGGUCCUGGUUCACCAUGCAGAGUGAAGCGAGGGCAGAAGGAGCUGCUUGGGUUUGUGUGGAUCGCUGUGCUCGGCAGGGUCUGAAGAAAAGCAGCGAUCCACGCUUGAAUGGUGAAUCCGCCCCGGUCAAUGCCAGCAACCCUCGCCCGAUUACCAGUGCCCGAUUUUUGCGGGCAGCGCAAUCCUGACAAACCCAAUGAUCGGUUCCUGCAACGCUGAUAUUGAUGGCACAUUAUUUAUAUUUGACAAUGCGUUUACUGUGACAGAGUCUCUGCGCCAGCCACUGUGGGACCCGUCACCUGGCUCAAGUACCUUUCACACCUUUAAGAGAGGACUACACUUACCAGAAUGCACUGGGGAGCGAGUUUAAAAAUCCUGAAACGUCUCUGUGAACACGGAGUCCUAUGAUAACCUCGGACAGUACUAAACACUGUUAGACAACUAGCAGCAACAGCGGCUGUAGAAGCAGCUCACAUGAGCGUACAUACUGUGAAUGCUUGUUUAAAAGUCGAAUAUCCUGCUACAAAAGGCUUCAGUUGAGUUUGCUCAUGGAAAAGCAGAUUUCAGCAGAUUGUUGUUGUUGUUUUUUUUAAAUGAAUAACUUUUGUCCUGA